GGAAUUCAUUUCUGUUUGCACCUAUUGGGUGAGCCCUUGAAGAUGAAGGGAGGCAAACGGUGGCAAGCGCGUGAAAAGAGAAUAGAGGGAGAAAUAAAAAGACAGAAAGGCACAAAUGAGUCCAAUUAACCAUGGCUUGACUACAUGGUCGACCUCCAAGAAAGAGGAUUCCAUGAUCAAUAAAUAAGUUGAUUGUCAAUGGGGCUGAACGUGAGAGGCUGGUUAGGAUGUGCUAUGUUACUCAUCUAUCUCCCUUAUGGACUCGGGGCUAUAUGCCUGCCCUCUUGCGCCGUUCACAAUUCACUAUAUUGCAAAAGGGCAGUAGCAAUGUCGAGAGGGAGGAGGGACCGAGGUGUGCCCCCUAACCGACAAUCGCUAAUUGUCUUGGCGAUUGUUCAAUUACGAAAGGAAAGUGAACACGAAGAAAAGCUAGGAGUCUCAACAAGCUGUAGCUUGGACGCGUCUUCAUAAUUGGUGCGACAACAGUAUUGCGGCGACAUAGCAGAAGCAGUGGGUGAAAAUGGAGGGAAAGCACA